AUGGGCACGAUCAUCUACAGACAGUACACGGGCGAAUCUGCUUUGCCUCACGUCAUGUCUCUCGUCCAGCACGAACUGAGUGAGCCGUAUGUCAUUUACACGUAUCGUUACUUCCUACGACAGUGGCCACACUUGUCGUUCCUGGCUUAUCCCGAUGAGACGUCUGAUCCAAUAGGCGUUAUCGUAUGCAAGCAGAGCCUGCACAAAGAUGUGACCAACAGGGGGUAUAUUGCUAUGUUGAGUGUUCAUAGAAAUUGGCGGAAACGUGGCAUUGCGAGCACCCUCGUACGCCGGUCGAUUGAGGAGAUGAAGCUGCAUGGGGUCGAGGAAGUGGUGCUCGAGACAGAGUUCGACAACUCUGCUGCUCUCUCGCUCUAUGAAUCGCUAGGGUUCAUCCGGGAGAAGCGAUUAUUCCGUUUCUAUCUCAAUGGCAAGGAUGCGUUCCGGCUGGUGCUGGUCGUACCUCCGCCCGAAGAUGCAGAUGAGGACGAAGAAGCCAGGCUGUCCCCGGCCCCAGUCAAGCCGCUAUAUCUCGCGCCCGCUCGCAUGACGCCCAUCCCGCCUCUACCGUACGAUUCUGAUGAGGAGUCUUCGCGCUGA